AUGGACAUCCUCGCAAAAAACUUCGUCAGUCUCCCGAUCAUCAUAACCGACUGGGACGCCAUCACCGAGGCCAAGAGCCACAUCAAAACGCCCAAAGAAGAGAUUGCGAGGUCGCAUACAGUGUCCCGAAUGGCCACGGGGAGCAAGCAAGAGCCUGGACUGCCCGCUUUCAAGGAGUCGGCUGAAGAGAUCUGGAACCGCAUCUCAGAUACAACGAAGUCCAAAAUCCGCGAAGCCGCCCUCGAGGUCCUGCGCCGGACCGACGAAUCCCAGAACGAGAAGAUGACUUUCCAGUAUGACGAUGAUGCCCGAUUCCUCGACUGA